AUGAUCAGACAAGACUUCGCACGUAUCGAUUCAAAGAGGAAGGGGAUGGACUACAGGAAAAAGCAAUUCGCGACGCCCGCAUACCAGAAUCUCGAAUACCACCACAGAUUGAACUUUUAUGUCACCCCGCCCACGGCAGACAUUACGCUCGAGCAGUUCGAGCAGUGGGCUAUCGAUCGUCUGCGAAUCCUGGCCGAACUCGAAGCCUGCUCCUUUCGGAACAAAUCCCCCACCGAGACAGCAACGCACAUGAAACCCUUACUUGACAAGUAUUUACCGCUCGCGACCUCUACAUCCGGAUCCAUGGCUAUACAGUCCGAGAGACAGAAGGACCACUACAGUCAUUUCAUUCUGCGGCUUGCGUUUGCGUCAACAGAGGAUCUGCGGAGACGGUUUUCGCGCGUCGAGUCUAUGCUCUUCCGGCUGAGGUUUCAGGCUGAUGACUUGAGGGAACGGCAGUUGUUUGUGGAGAGCUUAAAUUUGGACUGGGAGACCGUGAGUGAUGAUGAGAGGAGGGAGUACGCGGAGGAGUUGAGGGCUGCGGGUGGAGGAUACCCGAAGAGGAUCGAGGAGGAGAGUUACUUCAAGGUCGACUGGGAGAGAGUGCCCGAGUUGGUAGAGCAUAGGAGGGUGUUUGUGAAGGGUGGGAAGGCGUAUGUUCCUGGUAAGGAACAGCUGUCCAUGGUUGUGGCGGAAUUCACUACUCGGCUGGAGAAGGCUCUUGAGAUGACAUCUCGUGCCCUUCCCCGGCUCGACGAGGACGACCGCCUAACGCCUAUCCUAGCCCAUCUUUCCCAGAACUUCACUACCCCAGAUGCGAACUACUCAAGCUCGGCAACCGCUCUUCCUGGUGCCGACAUCUCAGCACGAAACAUCGACACCCUCUCUUCCUCCUUCCCGCUCUGCAUGCAAAACCUGCACCGCUCGCUCCGCCGCGACGCUCAUCUCAAGCACUACGGUCGUCUCCAAUACACGCUCUUCCUCAAAGGUAUUGGCCUCAACCUCGAAGAAUGUCUCGUCUUCUGGCGCUCCUCAUUCAGCAAGAUCACCGACGACGUAUUCAACAAGGAAUACAGAUACAACGUUCGUCACGCCUAUGGUGAUGUAGGCGGCGAUUCUAACAGGAGAGGGAAUGGGUACAGCCCGUUCUCGUGCCAGAAGAUUCUGACGGAACAUCCGCCUGGACCCGGAGAGGCGCAUGGAUGUCCGUAUAGGCACUUCAGUGUGGAUAAUCUGACCGGGCUAUUGCAGGCCGUAGGUAUCAAGGAUCAGGAGGUGUUGAGGGGGGUCAAGGAGGACAAGGAGAAGAUGAAGUAUCAUCUGGCUUGUAACAGGGUAUUCGAUUAUGUGCAUAAACAAGAGAUCAAGAGAGUCAAGGAUGAUGGUACCUGGACGACUUCGCAGCUGGAGACUCUUGUCCAUCCUAACGAGUACUUCAAGAGGAGUUACCUGUUGAAGAACUUGGGGAAGAGCUCUACGGAGGAAGAGAAGGCCGAUGUUCAGAUGAAGGACUAA